AUGUCCACCGCUACAAAUGGAAAUGGCAAUUUGGUUGAUGAAUUUGAAGAAGCUUUCCAGUCCUGCCUUAGUGUUUUAACUAAGGAGGAAGCUUUAGCAACAAUGGAAAAAGAUGAAAUUAGAAUGGAGGUAGAUCAUUCAGUUUUACGUUUCAUUGAUCUUGCUAGACAAAUGGAAGCAUUCUUUCUACAGAAAAGGUUCUUACUUUCUGCAUUGAAACCAGAGCUUGUUGUAAGAGAGGAUACUAGUGAUCUUAGGAAUGAGCUAUCAAGAAAAGAAGAGCUGAUAAAGCGCCAUCAUGAGAAAAUAGCUAUUUGGCAGAACCUUCUAGGUCCACCAGCAGACCUUCAAACAUGGGCGAAGUCUCCUGCUCAGGGACCUGCUACACCAUCUGCACCUCCUGGGACACCACCACAAGUAAAUGUGGCGAUGAUGCAACAACAAAUACAACAGCAACAACAAAUUCAGCAAAUGCAAAUGCAACAGCAGAUGCAGCAGCAACUUCAACAACAGCAGGUUCAAGGAGGUAUGAAUCCUAGCAUGAUGAUGGGGCCUGGUAUGCUUCAUGGACCUUUGGCUUAUUUAGAAAAGACUACUUCGAAUAUUGGCGUUGGUGAAGGAGGGAGGAGGUGA